CUUCUCAAGUCGUUCAACUAGAUGAGCGCGGCCCUAGCUGUACUGAAAAGCGACUGCCAUGUAUCAUGACAAAGAUGGAGUUGCCUCCAAGGAAAGCGAGGCAGCAUAUAAGGCCCGCAUUCGGCUGCUGGUAUGGAUAACCUCGUUCCUCUCGUGGCUGGGACUUGCAGCAGCUAUCACAGACAUUGCGCAUUACCGGGAAAUAUUCCAGUCCUUACAGUCCUUAAUCCAACUGAGUUCACUCCACUGGAGCAAACUUUUAUGGAUUUUCAUACCAUUGCAUAGUGUCUAUCUUCACUGGACGGAGGAUCCCAUUGGAAUUUACACCAGUGGGCUGCGAGGAUCCCUACUAGCUGCCCUCACCCUCUCUUUAACCUGUCUUUCGGGUUACCUAGCAGGUAGCAGUCACUUAGUUUCAUUUUCCUCCGUGUCCUUGCAGGUCUACGCAGCGAUUGGCUUAACAAUCGUCCAGCUGCUUCUUCCUCGUCGGCCUCGUCUUUUUACGCCAGAUGGCAGAGCUGUGGACCACGAAAAUAGCUCCUCAGCGUUUCAUAGAUAUACCAUGCACUGGUGCACAAGUACCCUCCGUCUAGCUGGCAAUCAUGUGGAGCUUGACAAGCUUCCAUUUCUAGACUAUCACACUCGGUCGCAAAGUCAACCACUUCUUCGGAUAACAACCUCGAAGACUUCGCUGUGGUACCUGAUAUUGAACGACCGCUUUGCUGGUUUCGUCAAACAAUGGAUCAUAAUGCUUCUAAGGUCUCUCGUUACUUUUGUGUCUCCUUACUGUGUUAUGCGGCUUCUCAAGAGCCUGGAAGAGCAACCUGAAUCGAGGCACGACGCUUGGCUUUGGCUGAUAGGGAUUGCCAUAUCGUCCUUAUGCCAAAUCUUACUUCACCACCAUCUACUGUGGAUACAGUGGUCUGAAAUGGCAAUCCCUGUCAGGGCUCAACUGAUUAUGGCAAUCUUUGUCAAAGCACUGAAGAUGAAAGACUCCAAGGACCCCCAGAGUCCUAAAGUCGAGAAGCCUGAAGCUAUCAAUCUCAUUUCGUCGGACACUGCUUCACUCAGUAAAUUUACAGCCGUCAACCACUAUAUACCAGCCACAUUAUCCCGGUUCUUCUUUGCUGUGCUAUUUCUGGUAAAUUUAGUCGGCUGGCAGGGUACCCUUGCUGCCAUGGUGGUCACUGCGAUAAGUGUGCCGGUCCAUACAUUCGUCGUCAAGCAGGAGCGCGUGGCACAAAGAAAUCUUGCUGCAGCAAGAGAUAAAAAGACCAAAGCUAUCAACGAAUCUAUGCAAGCGCUUCGACAGAUCAAGUUCUCUGCUUCAGAAGCGCAGUGGGAGGAUCGUUUGGAGACCUUCCGACAGGAAGAGCUUGCACAACUACGCAGGGUCUUCUUUGCCAAAAACAUAAGAUCUGUAUGGAGCGUUGCGUCUCCCUUCAUUGUCGCCGCGGCUUCAAUCUUCACCUACGCAUACACUAUAAGCUCAAUUUCCCCUUCCGUUCUUUUCCCCAUGAUCGAGCUACUGCCUCAUCUUCAGUCAACAUUGGGGUUCCUUCCUGUUGUAUUCAAUGAUUAUUUCGAAGCCAGGUCUAAUGCGCGCCGCAUGGAGAUUUUCUUGAGAAGACCUGAGCACAAGACAGUGCUCACUCCUAGCCCAUCAGGCCAAGUUUCAUUUCAUAAUGCGACCAUUUCGUGGCCAUCCGAUGUGUUACAACAGCAUCGCUUUUCUCUGUGUCAUAUUGACGUGACUUUUCCUACUGGUGAGCUCAGCAUAAUAUAUGGAAAGACGGGUUCAGGAAAGAGUCUUUUACUUGCUGCCAUUCUUGGCGAAGUUGACCUCCUGGACGGUUCUAUCAAAGCCCCAUCGAUGGCUGAAGGGCAACCUGUUGCAUUCGUAUCACAAACUCCGUGGCUUCAGAACGCCACGAUCAAAGAUAAUAUUUUGUUUGGAAGCUCAAUGGACGGCAAAAGGUAUGAGGAAGUUUUGACAGCCUGCGCACUAUACCCCGACCUUGCUGCCCUGCCGAAGGGCGAUGAGACCCAGAUUGGCCUCCGAGGUGUCAAGCUUAGUGGAGGCCAACGCGCGAGACUCGCGCUUGCCAGAGCACUAUACUCAAGUGCACAGACGUUAAUAUUAGAUGACAUAUUUGCUGCUCUUGAUGCUCAUGUCUCCAGGGAUAUCUUCAAUGCACUCACCGGUGCCUUUUGCAGAGGCCGCACGCGGAUCCUCGUAACUCACCAGGUAUCUUUGUGCUUGCCAAAAGCAAAAUGUAUUAUCCAUGUAGAAGAUAAUACUGCCAAGUACGCAGAUGACACUGAAUUUGUUGAGGAGAAGCGGAGUGCAGUCGAAGCUGAAAACGUCAUCACAGCUGACCUGCCCGGACAAGAGAAACCGAAAGAACGUACAACCACGCGGGUGAAAAGCAAAGGUCUUGACGCGCGUACAGACGCAAAGGUGUAUAAUACAUACUUCACCGUAGCAGGUGGACUGUGGUUCACCAUAGUAUAUCUUUUGGGCCUCGUCAUCAAACAACUCCUCGGCUCCUUAACGACGAGGACUUUAGGUCGCAUUGAUUCGGCGCGUCCUAAGCCCCUCAGCCCAGAGGCAAAUGCCUCAUCAGUUGCUCCAGAACCGGAGGGCGGGUGGGAGCAGUAUCUCUAUCUUUAUCUGCUGACUUCCAUGUCGACUGUCUUUUUGGAAUUUCUAUUCAACCUGCAUGCCUCUUCCGGGUCCUUACGUGCCUCUCGAUCACUGUUCCGCGCGGCUACGUUUAGAGUCCUCCGGAUGCCCCUGCACUGGCUCGAUAGCACACCUAUUGGAGAGAUACUCAGGCGACUCACUGUCGAUACCAAAAAUGUCGAUGAUCAUGUCUUGGUCACCAUGUCUGAAUUUGCGGACAACUUUGUCCAGAUGAUAUUGAUUGUGUAUAUGGGGUUGAAUACGUCCAAGUAUAUGAGUCUGUUGACAGUGACCCUCCUCUACUGGUGUGCAGAAGUUAGCAAGCUCUAUAUAAGGGCACGAACGACGGUCAAGCGAGCCGACUCGGGACCAACUGCUGCUAUUCUUGAACACUUUACGUCUUCUGCAGCAGGAGUCAUGACGAUUCGAGCCUUUGGUGCAACAGAUUGGUUAGCUGCACAUAUGCAUGGGCAUAUUGACAGGCUGUCUACGGCUAGAAGACACUUCUUCAUAUUUAACCGCUGGCUGAGUCUCCAGAUGUCUCUUAUCGGCGUCAUUUUCAGCAUCGGAACGGGUAUCAUUCUAUUGUCGACUUCUGCGGCCGACGCAUUUUUGAUCGGGUACUGCCUCAGCUAUUCCAUGCAGUUCUCACAGGCUAUGUUCAAGGCCAUCAAUAAUUUUGGGAUGCUCGAAACCUAUAUGAACUCAGCCGGAAACAUUAUAGCGUACACCGAGUUGGAGCCAGAAAAGCAAGGUGGUCGAGAAGCCCCUAACAACUGGCCAUCGCAGGGAAAUAUUGAGGUCAAGUCACUUGCCGUUUCCUAUGCACCUGGACUCCCUCUUGUUCUGGAAGAUGUGUCGUUCAGUGUGAAGGGUCGUGAAAGAGUUGGCAUCGUAGGCCGUACGGGAGCCGGGAAAUCAUCACUAACGCUAGCCCUGUUGCGUCUCGUUGAACCUCGGGCUGGUUCAAUAGUUGUUGACGGCAUUGACAUGCGCACCCUGGCACUCCAGACCCUCCGAUCACGAAUCGCAUUCAUUCCUCAAGACCCCGUGCUAUUCUCCGGAACGGUGCGAUCUAACCUAGAUUAUAGCCAUCAAAUCUCAGAAGAAAGACUCAAUGACGCCUUACGGCGCGUGAAACUUCUCAAGGAGAACCCGGAAGAUGAAGACUCUGGCCUCUUCACACUUGACUCACGUAUAAGCGCUGGAGGGGCAAACAUGUCCCAAGGACAACGACAACUUCUGUGCCUCGCACGAAUCUUAAUCAAUGAUCCCAAGAUCAUCAUCCUCGAUGAGGCUACGUCAGCGGUAGAUGAUGAGACGGACCGGUGGAUCCAGGAUACGAUUAGGAGUCAAUUCAGCGGGACAUUGAUUGUGGUUGCGCAUCGAUUGAGGACAAUAUGUUCAUUUGACAAGGUAAUUGCUAUGAGUGAAGGGAGAAUUGCCGAGAUGGGGUCACCGGCAGAGCUUUUGAGGAAGGAGGGGUUGUUCUAUCGUCUCGUUCAAAGUAGUGAGGAUCGGGAGUACUUGAUGGAGACGAUUGGAUGAAUUUGUUGGGGAUACCACCAGAGCGCUUCGGCAUUCAAGCCACACAGAUUAACUUUUCCAGUAGCACUACUUGGAAAUCCCGAGACUAGACUGGGUUGUAGGCGAAGGAAACCGGCUUUAACCGUCCAGCAAUCCGAAUCCUACACAAAUCGAAUUACACACAGCCAACUAGUAAAGGAUUGGGACGGGAGAUGAUAACUCUGGACCCU